UCUCUGUUGAAGGUAAGAAAUACUAUUUUUAAUAAUAAACAUUUUUUUUGUUUAGGGUAGGGAAAAAAAACAUUACAUUAUUACAAAACACAAGUUACAAAAAUAAGAAUUUUGAAGGUUUUCUUUUUUGGAGAAAUGAAAGUACGGAUAAGAAAAAAUGGGACAUCAAGUCCCCCAAAUCCCCCAAGUCCACCAAGUUCACCAGCCACAAGAACUACAGGAACUCCAGGAAUACAUGUACGAAGCUUAAGCCACAUAUGGCGCAGAGUUCGUCACUCUUUGAAGCAAAGUGGAUCGGGUUCUUUCGUCAGCCUCUCAGCCUGUUGUUGCUUGCCUUGCCUCAUCACCAAACCGAUAAAUCCACAUUCACCAAAUCCGCAAGACCAAGUACCAACCCCAACACUUGCCAUCCGCCGUAUAGAUUUCUCCUCAUCUGAGUAUCCUUCCGAAGUACCGAUUGGGAGACCCGAGCUUAGGAAAGCUCCACUGUCCUGUUCGUAUUUCCCCUCCCCGGCGACCACCUCGAAGCUCCAGCAGCCCAACGGUCCCAGCGAAGCCGUCACCCCCAUAGCCAUCUCGUCGUUACCUUCUACCGCGCCAUCUUCACCGGUCCUUCCGCCCUCCGCCUUGUCACCACCCCCACAGCACAAGAACAUGGCCGAACGAAACGCCGCGCAGCUCCUCAACCUGCUGCGCACGAAUCCCACGCUGCCCUACUCCGAGGCCUCCUCCCUCCUCUCCAAAGCCAAGAUCCAGCUGCUGCAGCUCAAGGCCGCGACGCCCAGCGCUCCCGGUACCCCCGGCGCCUCCCCGCAGCACCUGGCCCUAGCCCGGGAUAUCUACGAGCAGGGCGCACUCUUCAGCAUCCGGGUGCGGAACCCCGACGCCUUCACCCGCUACGUAUCGCAGCUGCAGCCUUUCUACGAGCUGCCGGACAUCGCUGGCAGCGGUGAGCGCAACAAGGUUACCGGACUGUACCUGUUGCUGCUGCUGACGCAGGGUCGCUAUGCCGAGUUCCACUCCGAACUCGAGACGCUCAGCACGAGAGCCAAGGAGGGCGGUACCGGCGAGAUCGAGGGAGACAGGUUCUUGGGAUACCCGAUCAAGCUCGAGCGUUGGCUCAUGGAGGGGAGUUAUGACCGCGUGUGGAAGGCUAUGAAGAGCCGAGAGGUACCAAGUGAGGAAUAUGGUGUUUUCUCCGAGAUUCUAACAUCCCAAAUCCGCUCCGAAAUCGCCUCCUCCAGCGAGCGCGCAUACCCCUCCCUCCCCCUCAGCAGCACCAAAUCCCUUCUCUUCCUCGACUCCGAAGGCGCCGUCAUCGACUUCGCGCGCCAACGCGGCUGGACCGUCCGUGACGGCCACAUCUACUUCCCCACAUCCGCCGCCACCGUCGACGGCGAGCCCGUUAACAUCGCCUCCGAGACCGAUGCUGCCGCCGCUGUCGAGGACAAGGAGUUCAGCCGCAUGGUCAUCGAGAACACCCUCGGCUACGCUCGCGAGCUGGAGACCAUCGUCUAAUCUCAAUCAAGCUAUGCUUACCUAUCAAGGCCGUUUGAAAGGCGGGAACUAGUUGAAAGAGAGAAAACCACACAUAUAGUCUAUUCUCCUUGUAUCCCCGAAUAGGCUAAAGCUGAGGUCGCAACGAGAGAGACCCAGGCCCAGACUCAGACCCAGACCCAGACCCAGAACUUAGAAAAUGAAACGAAAAAGUCGCCGAAGUUAUGCUAGCUACGUGGAUGACUGGCGGUGCUACGAAGAAGGGGAGUUCCGAUACACUUAAUUAAUUAUCGUAGGAGGCAACGGCAAGCGCACAGAGAUAGAUAAAUAAGCUAGCCCCCAAGUGGGCUCUACUUACGAAACAGGGCCAUGAAGAGGCUCCCCCGGCCUCUGUAUGAAUAAAUAUAUGAUUUUAAGCACCAACACCCACCGUCACGUAUAUAUCUAUGGAAGUAAAAGU